CGUUGUUUAAAUAGUUUUAAAAUAAUAGAAAAAAUGAAUAAAAAAGAUAAUAGCGAUGUUUUUUCUUCAAAAGAAGAUAAUAAAAAAGAAGAUGUGUUGAAUGAUCAUUCAAGUCACUUGGCUGAGAAUGAUCAGGUGUUUAUAUUAUCAAAUAAAGUUUCUUCGCCAUUAUUUAAACCAGAAAUUGAUAUGACAUGGCUUUUUUUAAUUGGAUUAGCAGCUUCAUUGAGAAUUUACAACCUUUCAACACCAAAAGCAGUUGUAUUUGAUGAAGUCCAUUUUGGAAAGUUCAUUUCUUACUUUAUGAAGAAUAGAUUUUUUUUCGAUGUUCAUCCUCCAUUAGGAAAACUUUUGUAUGCUGCUGCAGGUUACUUUAGUGGGUUCGAUGGCUCAUUUGAAUUUGACAAGAUUGGCCAAGAAAUUCCACCCAAUCAAAUUCAUCAUGUUUAUGUUCUUCGAUUGGUACCUUCAUUAUUUAGUGUUUUUUUAGUUCCUGUUGUUUAUGAGAUAAUUUUGGAACUUGGAUGUACAUAUUGGUUUGCUGUGCUCGGUGGAGUUUUAAUUUGUUUUGAUAAUAUGCUGGUUGUUCAGAGCAAAUUUAUUCUUCUUGACAGUAUAAUGUUGUUUUUUAUUGCAUUUUCUAUUUGUUGUUACAUCAAGUUUGUUAAAGAGUAUACAAGACCAUUCUGUUUUUAUUGGUGGGUUUAUUUAGUCUCUCUAGGAAUUUCACUUACUGCAACUUUCAGCAUCAAGUACAAUGGUUUCUUGACUAUAUUGUUGCUAGGUGGAAUAAUAGCAUACGAAAUGUGGAUUAUCAUGGGAGAUGUCACAGUCCCUGCUAAAUCAGUCAUUUAUCAUAUGUUGGCACGCACAGGAUGUUUAGUAGUUUUGCCAUUGUUUCUAUAUAUUGUACAGUUUUAUAUUUUGUUAAAUGUUCUUUACAAGUCAGGCCCUCAUGACAAUUUAAUGUCCAGUGCGUUUCAAAGAACACUAGAAGGGGGUUUAUCAACUAUAACUCAAAAUCAAGCGGAAGUUGUUGCAUAUGGAUCACAAAUUACUCUUCGUAAUACUCAUAGUAAGCAAUGCUGGCUACACUCUCAUCAGGAUUUGUACCCCAUUAAAUAUCCUGAUGGUAGAGGUAGCAGUGCACAACAACAAGUCACAUGCUAUGCAUUUAAAGAUGUUAAUAAUUGGUGGAUUGUAAAGCAUCCAGACAGUGAUAAUUUAAUGACAGAUUUUCCUCCUCGUCCAGUGAAAAAUGGUGAUAUUAUACAUCUUGUUCAUGGAACAACAGGGCGUGGGUUGAACAGUCAUGAUGUUGCGGCUCCUUUAAACCCACAGUUUAUGGAAGUUUCUGGAUAUAUUGAUCACAAUGUUUCUAUGGAUGCGCAGUUAGGAUUUCGUUUACAAAUACUUAAUGCUGAUAGUUCAAAUAUAUGGAAAGCAAUUGAAUCUAAAGUGCGCUUUGUACAUGUUAAUACAACAGCUUCAUUAAGGGUUACGGGCCAGCUUUUACCUGAUUGGGGAUUUCACCAAUAUGAGGUUGCUACUGAUCGAAUGGUUAAUACUGAAGAAUCAAUUUGGAAUGUAGAAGAACACAAUCAAAAUAUUUCUUUGCCUUCUAAUAUGACUGAAGAAGAGGCAAGGGCUAUUUUAGCAAACCAAAAUCAUAUUGAAAUUUCUGAUAUGACUUUCUUUCAAAAGUUCUGGGAGUUGCAGACUCAGAUGUUCAAAGUCAAUAGCAUGAUAACACAAGAACAUGUAUAUGCUUCUAGACCUUUUGAAUGGCCAAUCAUGAAACGUGGAAUAGCAUAUUGGAUAGAUACUAAGAGUAAUAGACAAAUAUUUUGUAUUGGCAACCCAUUUGUUUGGUGGCUUGGGUGUUUAGCAAUUAUGGUUUAUCUUUUUUUAAUGGUUGUUUAUCUUUUAAGAAGGCAGCGAGCAAUUUAUGAUAUUACAAACGUUCAAUGGAAUCUUUUUUUACUCUCUGGUUAUUUGUUAGUUGGAGGAUAUUUUUUAAAUUUUUUAUUCUUUGUUCCUAUGGAAAGAACUUUGUUUAUUCAUCAUUACCUACCUUCGCUUCUGUUCAAAAUCAUUCUCAUUCCUGUUAUUGCUAAUCAUUUGAACAAUGUGUUAUUAAAAGACAUAAAAAUUUUACAGAUACUAUUCAAAUAUUGUUGUUUUAUCUAUCUGCUAGCAAUGAUUUGGAGUUACAAUUACUUUUCUGUUUUUACUUAUGGCACUUUGUCACUGAGUCGUAAUCAGAUAAAUGAUAAAAAAUGGUUGCAAUCGUGGGAUUUUUUAUCACAUGAUGGUUUAUAGAAAGAUUUUUUUAAAGUUAUAGGAAACUUUAAUAGAAAUAUUUUAUGUUUUA